AUGGAAAAGAUUUGCGCUAUCUUUAGAGGUCUACGAAACAAGUGGCGAUCUGAUCGUAGAUGUACUCAAGAAUCCACUUCAAUGGAAAAGGAUGUGAAGGACGAUUUGGAUGACUUCAUCUAUCAGGCUGCCGGUCAUCAGUAUAUUAACGGAUUUCGAACUUUCCUAAAAUGCAAUGAUGGUACCUUGUUAAAGAUCUUUCAAGACGGCAAUCGUGGUCACCGUGAAAUGGAAUUCUAUAGCGAAAUCUUUUCUGCAAAUCAUGACUCUGAUCAAACAGCCAGUGCAUUACGCCAUUUUAUGCCGACAUAUUUUGGAACAGUGACUAUCAAAAAUGAUAAAAACUCACAGCCAUACAUGAAAAUUAGUGACGUCACCUCCAAAUUUAAGAGACCUUGUGUAAUUGAUUUAAAAAUUGGAAGGAGGACUUAUGAUCCUCUGGCCACUGAAGCAAAAAGAGCAAGAGCAGUUGAUAAAUAUCCUUUGCAAGACCAAAUCGGAUUUAGAAUUGAUGGCAUGAAGGUGUACAAUAGUGAUACUGGAAAUUAUGAUGAUUAUGAUAAAAUAUUUGGCCGCAAAUUGGAUGAUGAUACGAUCGUCAACGCGCAAGGUGCACAUACAGAAAGAUUUAAGCUUUCCGAUACAAUUUGUUAUACAAUAAUACCAUUUAUGGAUUAA